AUGAAUUCCAUCGAACUCGCGAAAGAGCGGCAGAGGUCGGCCGAAGUGGAAGCGGCCGGCGGGCUGGACAAGUUCCGGCGCCAUGCACUGCAGCACCUGUGGCACGGGACCACGGUGAAGGAAGCCCACGCGAGCCCGGUGAGUUGCGUGUCCUACAACCACGCGUCGGCGGAGUCCAGAAACCUAUUCGCCAGCGUUGGAGGAGAUCAGGCGACAGUGUACAGGGAUGAUCACCUUGGCGGAUACGUCUCCAUCUUGGUGCAAUUCACUAAUGAGCAGACCAAGCUCACCAAGGGCGGAGGACUGAAUGCAUGUGCUUGGCUCAAUGCCACUGGCCUGCAUGACCCACACCAAGAGGAUGAGUUGCUGGCAGUGGCUGGUACAGACACGAACAUCUCUAUCAUCAGCAUUGUGGAGGCGCAAGUCACUGCAUUGUUAAAAGGCCACAUGUGCCAGGUGAUUGAGCUGGUGAGUGCCAGGGAUGCCCCUGGUUUGUUUGCCUCUCUGUCCAGCGAUGGAAACAUCAGGGUGUGGGACGUCUUCUCCCAAGCAUGCGUGGUAUCCCUUGAUGCCCAGGCACAGUGUAUGGCGAUGCAUCCCGAUGGCAAGUACCUAGUGAGCGGGAACAAGAAAGGUGACAUUAUAAUGUGGCCCAUGAGCUUGAGUAGAGAAGGAUCUUGCUGGCAGCACAGUGGCCCAGUGCUGCAGCCACAGGCAUUGACACUGGAAGGGAGCAAGCUCAGGGAUAUGGAUUGUUUACUUCUGUUGCCAGGUGAUAGACUUGCUGGCAAGUCCCUGGAUGGUCAUGUUCAUGUGUGGGACUUUGAAGGCAAGACCACAAUGGCAAUGUUCAAAGUUCCAGACUCUGGUCUGGGAAUGACCCCCGGAUCUCACAUCAGAAUGAGUUCAAGCAAGGAUGGUGAUCUUUUGUGCAUAGGAAACAUAUCAGGCACAAUCUACAUCCACGACACCAACACUGGCGACCGAGUCAUAAGUCUUUCAACGACGAAAUGCAGCUCUCCAGUGUGGUCAUGUGCUGUGUCAGAGCACGGAGAUCAUGUUUUGGCUUCCAUUGGCAAUAGCACCAUCCUGCGUUAUGAGUAUUGCCGAUCCGACAGCGAUGAGGCAUCUGAAGAGGCCGUUGCAGUCCCAGAGCAAGGCGGUGAUGCCAUGGACAUGGAUCAGCACAGAGGCUAA